GUCUCGAAAGUCUGGACUGUAGGCUUGUGUGGCGAUGUAGAGAACACGCCUGCUCAUGCACGCACCCCAGAGCAUCUCGCGGGGAUGGACCCCAUCAUGAUCGGGAUUGACACGGGGCCGCUGGUGGCAGCCAUCAAUAAGUGCGGCAUCAAGCAGCCUGACACGUGGAUUUUUCCUCGUGGGACCUUCUACCGCGACUUGGGACUAGCUCAGAGCAGGAAGUGGAGCGAGGGGCGCGCCAGCCACGGCGCCAGCCAGCCAGCUGUGCGUGUCGCCCUGAAGGCGCUCAAGGGCAUUCACGCUGUCGGCAGCUGGCGGCCUGCACAACUGCGUGGCCUCCAAGUGGCGUGGGGCGUGACACUGCGCACCGCGCUCAUCCGCGCCAUCAAGCUGGAGCGCGGACGUGGACGGCACGACAUCUGGCAGCACCGCAUGUCGCUGUGCUGCUGUGCCUGCGGGGCCGUGACGAAGGCGGCGCUGGUGCACAAGCCGGCGGUGCGCAAGGGCGAGCAGCGCAUCCGGGCUGUGGCCCGGUUGGAGCGGCUCCGCAGUACGCGCAUCCGCUCAUGCAAGGAGUGUGGUCGGGCAGAGGGCAGGGCGGAGCACCUGCGCGACCGGGACAUGCAGGCGGCGCGCAACACGCUGAGGCUGCCGCAGCACCAGUACUACGGUGCACCCCGGCCGCAGUACCUUUGCCGCCAACCGGCGGCGGGUAGCGGUGGCGGUUUCCCAGCGGCAGCGGGUGGCAGCGGUGGUGCCCCUACGGCGGCUGAGGUGGAGCUGCUCAGGCAGGUGGCGGUCAUUGUCACGGUACGACAGCAGGCAGCGGUGGCGGCGGCGGCGCAGGCAGAGGAGCUGGCACCCGCGCCGGGGGCAGAGGACGCAUGAUACCGGGUUGAUGGGCAUGAACGCGCUGUAGUCGACCGCAAGGGUGUACAGCGCCGGCCGCUGGUCGCUCCGGUCGGGCGUGUACAGCAGGGCAUGUUGGGUGAGAGUAGAGUGUAUGGAUGGCAGCGUCAGGUGCGUGAGGUGCCAGGUCGGCAGUACAGCUCUGCCCCGGGGUUGGUGGAAUGGUGGGCAAGGCGUGAGGAAGGCCACCCUCACCAGCACCAGCACCAGCACACCACCACCAUCCCUAUAAACGGGGGCGGUAGGACUGCUGCUAUCGUGACAUGGCUGAGAGCAGCCAUGACAACAACCGUACACAUCUACACACGCGUUCAGGGUUUGUCUGUUUUACAUGCACGCAUCCUACUAGCCAGCAUUGCUCGUAUCUUCCUGGGUGUGGAAGUUUCCGCUGAAAGAAGCCACACUCCUAAAAUCUUCCAUACCGCACCACUGUUAGCGGAGUGCUGUCGAAAACGCGAACGCGAAUGUGCGCGACACGAAGAGAAGUUGUAGUCGCUAGCACGCAUAGAAGGCCGGUUAGCAGGAGGCGGUCACAGCAGACAUGUUACCUCAUCCAGACGGUAAACGCCACGGGCAAUAGAGGAGCGCCGCCGACCCAUCACUGAUAUAACCAGGUUGCGAUGGCUAGGCUGUCGGACGGCUGGCGGGCUGGCGCGGAGCGGAGCUGCGGGGCGCGCGGCAUCCGAAACCAACCUGGAAACACCAGCGCCACCGUCGUCCAGCAGCACAUGUGAGGGAGGGAGUGAGUGGAAGCGUAAGAAACCGGGAAGGAAGCAGCGGGCCAGACAGGAAGCAGAACAGCACAGCAAGUAACCGCGGGCUGGGCGGCUGGCUGUCGCUGCGGUUGGGGCUGGCGCGGGCUGGAACGGAACUAUGGAGGCGGCGUGGACGGAGUGGAAAGCAAGUAUGUAAAUGGUGAGGAAUGAAUGCGUGUGGCAAUGCAAGUACUGGAAACGGGGAGGCCGCGUAAUAGUGAUGACAGCGCGAUGGCUGCACGGCUCAUCCCGGCGGUACUGCACGCGGCAUGGGCCCCGUGGGCAUGAAUGCAGUGCGCAACGUGGGCAUGGCUGCAGUCUGGUACGCAGGCAACACGCAGCAAGGCACCAUAAUAAACCCCUUAAAC